AGGAGUACUACAGUUAAGGUGCAAGAAGAAAGGUAAAAAAGUAGGUUAAGGCUUUGAAAAAUGGUUUUGCAAACAUGUUCAGAACUGCCCAGGUUGUCUGAUGAGCAGAUCCAGACAAAGAAUAACAUGUGCUCUGAACUAUGAAGUCUCUGCAAAUAUUUUUAAUGGAACAUAUGUAUAAAAAUUCCACAGGUGCAAAAUAAUGUCCUGACUGAGAAACACCUCAUUUCCAUAAAGUGAUUUAAAUGUAUUGGAAGGGCUAGGACUGUGGUAAACAUGGUCACCUGCAUGCCUAUUUCUGCGUGCUCAGAAAAACUAGACAGAAAGGUUUUUAAAUGAUUAAAAGCCAUAGGCCGUACUUGGAGGCGUGCAGCUGUAUAUGUACAGAAUCAUGGGGGAAAAAAAAAAGAGGAACCCAAAAAUGUGAAGAAGGGCAGAAAAACAUGUUUCAAGAUAUUUUUAAAAAGGAAUUACUUUUGAGGAAUGACUGUGAAAGUAUUCCUGCGGUAAAACAAAGUCUAAAGGCUAAAAUGUUCCUGAGGAAUGUGGCAUCAGAGUCCCUCAGCGUCAGAAGUGUUUUGGGAAUUGCUUCAGGAUGUAUUUAAUCAAUAUUCAGGGCAACAGUAACAUGGCUUAGCAGCUUCACCAUUUUUUGAGUUCCUGAGUGGAAGAUGCAGGUUGUUUCCCAAAGCAGAGCAAAACAAUUGCACCUCGCUUACUUCCCUGUUAUUCUAAAUUAAAAAUGAAGAAAUUAGAAACUACCAAUAAAGGCUCAAACUGUGAAAUAAAUGUGUACAGCCUAGAGAGCCAGACCAGGUGAGCAUGGAGCAGUGCCCGUGUUUCCCCAAGGAGAUGGAGCCCUGCCUCCCCCUGGGGCGGUGGAGCUGGUGGCCGCAUUGCCUGCCCUCUGAGGGACGUGCUAAGGUCAGUGCUGUGCCAGGAGUCCCAGAGGGAUGGUGCCAGGGGUGUUGGGUUACUGAAAAAAUGGGGAAAGUUCUGCAGGUUUGUAUAGGUGCUGUUGAAGGUUCAUGAAGGAAUUUACCUCUUCCUUUUCACAUCACUGUCCUCUUUUCGAAAGCUACUUUUUUCAGUCCUGUGCCAUCUGGUGUUAGACACGCCAAGUCUGAAAUACCCAACUGCAGCCUUCACCUCAUCUGCCCUCCCUAGCAGGGAUUUCUAGCUGUGAUAACCCUGGAAAAGGGACUCUAAUUGUAAAGCACUGGCCUUAACUUGAAUUCUUACAGACGCGUGUGCCCAUCAUUUCAAGACAAGAGUUUGGAUCCCUUGCCAUUGCUGGAGGCAUGCAAGGGGCUUCCCUUCGGCGUUUGCUUUGGCAAUGAGUGUGAUCUCUUAAACUCCACUUCCCAUGGAUUAGCAUACAAUAUCUCUAUGGAAAUUUAUUUUGACAGCUUGGGUUUUAGACAGCUUGUUCUGCAUUUUGGCUUCAAUCGUGAUGCCACAUGACAGUAAAGAGCAGCUGAACUGAGUGGACAUCUGCUGCCACAAAAGUGACCAUUAAAUUUACAGGCAGACAUAAACUUGGCUGAACUGAAGAGGCAACAAAAUCCCACUCCAGUAGGGAGCAUAAACAUAAAGGCUGUGUCUUACACUGUUUGAAGGAUGUAUACUCCUUCCUCCUCUCCCAGUCUCUACCCUAUAGAGUGGGUAAUGCCUACCCAUCAGUUCAUCUUAUUUUGAUAUAUAAUGCCUCAGUAGUUUCUUAGGUUAAUACUGAACCUUCCAAGUAGGAGUUUGGGAGUAUUUAAAUGGCCUCUCAAGUAGCAGAUAAAUAUCAACUUUAAAAUAGUCAGUGUAUUGGCCCAUAGUACUGUUUGAAAGGCCAUUUUUUCAGCCUUGCGGAAUGUAGGCGGGACUGGGAGAAGCGGAACCAAGAAAACAGCCACAAUUGUUACCUGUUAAUUAUCGCUAAACAACAUAUUUAAAUUAUGUAUUUCUUGCUAACAUAGAAGCUUGUGUGAAAUUUCACUUGCUGUAUUCCAGGACAUCAGGCUGUGGGAUGUACCUGUGCUAAGGCCAAAGGUGUACCUGGGGAGGAAAACCUCCAGGAGUUUUCACUCUGUAUAUAAACCUGUUGAUAAAUACUGGUGUUCUGCGCUUUCAUGAAAGAUCAUUUUAAAGAUGUGGCUUAGAUGUCACAUACUUCAGAACCCUCCCUGCAGGCUGCAGAGGAGGGACAUGAAGGUGGCAAAGCAGGAACUCCUGGGUACUGCUUAGCAUCUCAUUUGCCUCAUAAACACCUGUGUCAGUGUGACUAGCCAAUAACUGAGUAGAUGUCCAUUUCCCCUGUCAUGGGAAUGUGUCCCAUCACCUCCAGAGCAGAGUACCAUCAAUACACUGUUGGUUUUUUUUUGCCUCAAGUUUUUCCUUGUGGCUUCUGCAGCACACACAUGCUUGCUCCUGAGGCUCAACUCUUUUUUGGUAUAUAUGUUACUACUAUUAUUACCAUGUAAUAUUAUCAGGAGUUACAGUAAAUUGUAAAAUUACAAAAUUAUUACUAUAAAAUUAUAAUAACAUUGUUCCAUUACGAAUUAUUUCUAUGGCAGGCUACAGGAAAGGACUGGGAGCACAGGUGCCUGUGGUGUUUGCCUUCCUAGAUGCUCAUGCCCACACCAAAUGGGCCCAUGGAGUCUUGAGGCUUCUGCUCCCAUGGCUGAGACCGCCGUGUGACACAACUUCUCAUCGCUGCUGCUGGUGUCACUCCUGCAGCCCUCCUGGUUCAGCCAGCCAGCCCCGCUGACUGGUAACUCCUUUGCCACUUAAGCUACACUAAUAGGGGAUAAGGAGCACCUACAUUGGCUUAUGGGGUCUGUGCUGGUGCCACACUGCAAGAACCCCUCAGUGACAUCCCUGCAGCCACCACAGUCAGGUGGGGGCUAGUAGCUGCUGUCCCUGCUGCACUACAGACCAGCAACCUUUCUCUUUCAUGUCAUGGCUUGCUAAUGACAUAUUAGAAUGCAGGGCACUUGUUGAAAUAUCAAGUACCACAUUGUGGUAAGUAAUGAGCAUUUUUGCUAAAAAUAUUAUACCCACAUGGCUGUGGUUAGCUGCCAGGCAUAGACAGCAAUGGCAACCCGAUGGGCCCACUUAUUGCAGCCUGCCCCUUGUGAUCUGGAAGCAGUCACAAAACCCAGCGGCAGUCCUCAAAGUUCUCCACCAGUUUGUUUUUCUCAUUAGCCUUGAAAUGAGAGUGCCUGCUGAUUUAAAAUCUACAGAAUCAAUCCUAUGUAUUCUGGAGGCUUACAGCAGCUACACACACGCCCCAGAAAGACAUGCAUGGAUCUAAGCUGUUGCACUAUAAAUAUUUUUUCUAUCCUGGUCUGCAGGUUAGAGGUUAAGUAGGUUCAGGCUAAUCUUGAUUUGUGACCCAGCUUCACACGUAUUGGUACUGAGGUUAAGCCCUUUUCCGACGGCGGCUGCAUCCAGAGGGCUGUAAUGAAGCCCAAGCACACUAGAUGGCCCCAAGAGAACACAGUGCUGCUUGGAAAUCAGAACUGAAAACUGCUGGUUUUGGAUUUAAAAUAAAAAUCUCGUCUCAUGAGAUUAUUUAGACUGAGUUUUUCAAGGGGACUGAAGAGCAACUGGCGCACAUAUCUUACAUGGGAAGCCCGAGAACUUAAAAUAUUGCAAUAGCACUGAAAUUUUAUAUUUAUACAAUGUAGAUCAAUGUCAAAAAUCAGUCUUUCCGCAGAGAAGUCCAUGGACUGGCUGUACCUGUGUUGCUGUUUUCAUUACCAGUGUGUAAGAAUGGAGAUAAUGAGGGGAAAAAACAUUUUAUUUUUUUUUAAGUAUUUGUUUCACUGGAGAACUAGUGCCUGGUUUCAGUGACAGAAUGGCCGAGUAGGUUUCUUGUCCACCAUGUGUAAUAGUGCACCCUGCAAUGAGCUGUUGGGCACGUUUUGGAGCCCGAUGGUUUCCACCAUCAGCACUAUGUGCUGCCAAAUCCAACUGGGAGGUCUGGCCCUUAUUGUGGUUUUCUGCCUUGAUGGAUGCCAUUAAAAUACAGGAGACUGAAGCAGACUCGUUUAAAAAAAUAUAAAAAAAUACAAAAUAAAAAGGUAAAUAGGCCUCGUUAACCACUUGGGAUCAGAAGAGUUUUUGGCUUCAGGAACCUGUUGAGCUUUAUAUUACCAUCCAAAUAAAUCUAUCAUCCCCAUGGCUAAAUUAGGGGUGGCUGGGAGUGAGCCCAGGGGUGAUUUUUAGCCCUUCAUCAUAGGCUGUGAACCAUACUACAUGUCUUCUUUAGGCUUGGGUCCCCAGCAGGAUUUAUUUCUGCGUCAAGGAAGAUUACAGAUAAUAGGAUUUGCUUCUUGGAGGCUGUUGGUAUGUUUGGUGAACACCCUGCACAGUGCUGUCUUAAAGGAGAAUAUGGACCCUACUAUUCAUCACAUUUUUCUUCUUCUUCUGGCCUUCCACAAGAUAAACCCUUCUUUUUCAUCUUGUGUCACAGGAUGCUCUUGUUCUCAAGACAGUUUUGGAAGGUAAGAAAGCUAGUUACCUUAGUUGUGGCAUCAGUGAAGCAGCUUGGAGAUUCCUAAUAUAUAUUUGCUGUUGUGGAAAGGACCAAAAUCAAGUGGCCUCAUAGAAUGCCUUUGCUAAUACUAAUACUGCACAUUACUAGCUUGAAGACGUACUUGUGAGAUCACUAUGAAAUAAGUAGUUGCAUAUGUAGAAUUUUUUUAAAUGCUUUAAAAAAAAUAUUUUAAUUGUAUUCUUUGUGGGAAAAAUGGAUAUAAAGCCAAACUGAAGGAUGGAUGCACUGCUUCUUCGUGCCAUGAAAGCAACAAUUUAUAAUUCUUUGGGUGCUUGUAGACCUGUGUAGGGAACUGAUUUGUUAGCCAUGAAAGUGGUAUGUGACCUGGAGAAUUUUCUGGUUUCCUCCUCAGGAGAUUACUCUGCAUGUCUGCACUGCUGAGGAAGAUUCCUGAAAACAUCCCUCAAGACAUUAGAAAAAUUAGAAUAGAAAACUCUCACCUAACAGAAUUGCCUCGCGGGUCAUUUGCUAACAUUAGUGCCUUGGAGUAUCUCUGGCUCAAUUUCAACAACAUCACGGUGAUGAACAUCAAGAGCCUGGAGUACCUGCCGGCUCUGAAGGAGUUGCGCUUGCAAGGGAACAAAUUAAGUUCAGUGCCAUGGACAGCAUUUCAAGACACCCCAGCCCUGAAAAUUCUGGAUCUGAAGCACAACCGGCUGGAUGUCCUUCCAGAACAUGCACUCCGCUAUCUGCCCAAUCUGACCUAUUUAGAUCUAUCCUCAAAUCAGCUUACUGUCAUAUCCAGAGAUGUCUUCUACAGCUGGCCUAUCUACCAGAGAAGCCAGAGGGCGGCAGGGCAGGGAGAAGCUAUUUCCAACGUUGUCCUGGCCCUCCAUGAUAACCCGUGGAUUUGUGACUGCCGCCUGAGGGGAUUUGUCCAGUUUAUCAAGUCAGUUGGCCCUCCUGUUAUUCUGAUGAAUUCCUAUUUAACUUGCUCAAGCCCAAAAUUCAGGGCAGGGAAGUUUUUUCAUGAAGUUGAGCUCAACAGCUGCAUGAAGCCACAAACCUCAGCCCUUGACACCAACGUGACAGUCCCAGUGGGGCUGAACAUCACCCUGACCUGCUUUGUGCAAGCCAGCCCUGCCCCGGCUGUCUGGUGGACCUAUGCACUCAAACUUCUAAGGGCAUUUAAUGUUUCCACCCAGCCCAUCAGCGAGGAGACUGUCCGCUCCGACCUGCUGAUCCCAGCUGUGCGGCCGGCAGAUGCGGGCAACUACACCUGCACAGCCGCUAACUUCUUAGGCAAUGCCUCAGUGGCCAUCAUGCUCCAUGUGGGCACCCCGCCAGCCUUUGCCACACAACCGGGCUGGGCCGCCGCUGCCCCCAUUGAGCCAGGUGCCCAUGUGGAGGUGCGCAUUGCCAAGCAGACGGUCUAUGGUAUCACCCUGGAGUGGUUCGCAGCAGCAGCAGUAGCAGAGCCGGGGGAGAUCUGGUACACUUUACUGGUGGGCCGCUAUGACACCGCGCAGAAGGACGCCAUCUAUAUUGGCCCUGGCAUCAACACCUAUUCGGUGACUGACCUGCUGCCUGCCACCAAGUAUGAAGUCUGUGUGGCAGUCCGCAACCAAGCACCCCGCAAGGGCCAGUGCGUCGUCUUUGUCACAGGCAGCGAUGUCAGCCAGCUGGAGCAGCGCGAGAAGCUCAUCCACAUUGUCGUCAUCGUCUGCGCCAUGGUGCUGGCUGUGCCUGCCGGCAUGUAUGCCUGCACCGCCGAGGCCCGUCCCGGCUGCCUGGCCCGCUGCCCCGCUGCCUGGCCUCGCCGCCGCCGUGGGGAAAAGCCACCGGGUGCUGGCAGCAAGGAAAGCACACUGGACAGCCUGCCUGGUGGCAGCCAGGAUGGACUCUGCCGACCUGAUGGCGGCCGUGGUGUCCGGCGGCCCCCGGCCCGUGAGGAGCCUGAGCGCCCUGGCAAGGCCCGGCUGCCCCACAGGAACAGUGCUGACCUCUAUUAGCACAGCCCCUGCCCCAACCAUACCUGUGGCUGCACGGCCCGGUGAAUGGUCUCCAUCCUGCUGGCUUUCUUGAGAAGGAGCAGUGAAAAUCCUCAUGUGGCACAGAUGUGGGGCAUGGUGGGGCUUACAGCCAGGAUCUCCAGUGGGUUCUGAGCCUCAGGACCGUGGGGCAUGCACCCCCUCACACCAGGCUGCCCAGCAUUGCCACAGAGCAACAGGCAUUGGCACACACACUGAGAUGCACUCAAUCAACCUAAAAAAAAAACAUAGCAAAAAUGUUUUGCAGUCACUUCUAAAGAAAUGUUUUUUAAAGCCAUGGUGUGACUGCUUCAAUCUGGCAUGCAAAGAAACAAACAUCAGCAAAACCACAGACCCAACAGCUCAGUAGAAGCACAUGCAGCGACAGGCCAGAGCUGCCUGCUCAUCUGCACAGAAGCAUCUUUUUUUUUUUUUUUUUUAAUGAAGUAUUUUUGUUAUUAUUUCAU